AAGUAGGCUCCCGUUUGCGGAAAGAAAAAACACUCACACAUACACCCGCUCCCCUAGUGGCAGCAGUCUACACACGGGGGGGGUGUUGACAAAAGUGCGAUGUGCCUGCGUGUGUGCGAUGUGCCCGUGCAAGAGUGAAAUCGUCCACGCCGAUUGGACAGAACAAACAGCGGCAGUGGCAUCUCUUUCGCGCACGUGCGAGCUCCCUCUCGUGCUUGCGCUUUGCCACGUUGCUAGGGGCAACGCCUUCUUUUCGCUCGGUGCGCGUGCAAGGCUGUGUGCGGGAAAGAGAGCUGCCAAGUGUCGGUGAGUGCUAGUGGUCUCGGUCGCACGGUAAUGGGGUUUUGUGAACGGGUGCGGGUGUUUCGAGCGCGGACCACAACCAGUCAAGUCAACAUUUAUCCCUUGUUCGGUGCGGUUCGACAGAGCGAGGCGUGCGUGAGAAACCGUUCGAUACACACACCGUUCGUGGUGGACGCGCGAUUUUUGAAGUGACGUAGUGGCCGGGCAGUGUGCGUGUGCGUGUGUGGGGUUGAGUUUUUGUUGUUGUUGGUUUGUAUCAUCUUGUCCGAAGACGAGCAUUUUCCACUGGCCAAGAAAUGGGUGCAAAUCACACGGUGUGACACAACGUCAUCUCUCGAUCGGUCCAAGUUGCCCAUGGGAUCUGUGCAGGAAGGUCGACGACAGGACGGCGACGGCACCGGGAAUGGAGUUUAAACAGCAAGUUUAAACAAGUUCCAGCUAACAAUAGCGCGACUGUGGUGUGAAAACAGUGGUGCCCCAACAUUCUCUACCAACACCCGACGGCAGUGUGGAAAGCCGAAAAGUGGAAAUUCCUUCAGUGCCCACGGUGUGUUGGGAACCGACACCACCGAAAGGAUAACGCAGUGUGUCAGUGUGUAUGUGUGUGUGUGUGCAUGUGGGAAGAGAGUAAAUCAAAGUGACCCGUGACCGAAAGAAAUUUCCCGCAUCGGAAUGCAAUUUACACCGAAAGAGAAAAAUUAGCCCAAAAAAAAAAUAGUCAAAAAAGGAGUGAGCAAGUGCUUCGAGGGUAAAAGAGCUCCAAAAGUGCGUCGUGAGUGCGUAUGUGUGCCGGUGUGCAAAGUUGUGAUAGUGUGUUUUUGUUUGCAUUUGUCCAAUUCCUAUCGGGAUAAUCGAAAAUUACCCUUUCAGUCCUGCUGCGCCUGCUGGGAGCGCAACAUCUAAAACAAACGUACGCACACACCUUCGGCCACCGUCCGUGUGCGUGCCCGAAGGAUUGUUGUCUCUCCGCCCUUCACCCGCUCACCCUGCUCACCGGUUCGGUGAAACGGAUUUCAAAAUUUUAACGGAAGCGACCAAAACGCCCCCACGGGCAGUCGCGCUGGCGUCCUUUCUGGGGGACAGUUACGCAGCAAUCGGUGCCCGGGCACCACCGGCCAAGGAUCUGAUGGCGUUCGGCUCGGUACUGCAGCACAACCAGCACAAUAUCGGUCGGGGCGAGCCACCGUCCGGGCUGGGCGAUCCGUGCGCCGGCUGCAACAAACCGAUCCUGGACAAAUUCCUGCUCAACGUGCUCGAGCGCGGCUGGCAUGCGACGUGCGUGCGAUGCUGCGAGUGUCACCAACCGCUGGCCGACAAAUGCUUCAGCCGGGAAUCGAAGCUGUACUGUCGGAACGAUUUCUUCAGGCGCUACGGUACCAAGUGCAGCGGCUGCGGGCAGGGCAUCGCACCGUCGGACCUGGUGCGGAAACCGCGCGACAAGGUGUUCCAUCUGAACUGCUUCACGUGCUGCAUCUGCCGGAAGCAGAUCAGCACCGGCGAGCAGCUGUACGUGCUGGACGACAAUAAGUUCAUCUGCAAGGACGAUUACAUCCUCGGCAAGGGACCCCACCCGAUGACAGACUCCCUCAUGGGUUCAGCCUCGGAAGACGAGGACGAGGAGGACCAGAUGAGGCCCGGCGUGCUGGCGGGCCUGGUCAGUGGCGGUGCGGGCGCAGCCGGUCUGCACCACGGCGACGGACCACUCGGCGCGUCCGACCUGUCCGUGCAGAGCAUGAGCACGGACAGCAAAACGGGCCACGACGACUCGGACCAGGGCUCGCUCGACGGCGAUCCGGACUGCAGGGGCGACUCGCAGGCAGAGAACAAGAGCCCGGACGAUGGGGCCGGCUCGAAGCGAAGGGGGCCGCGUACCACGAUCAAAGCCAAACAGCUCGAGGUGCUGAAGAACGCAUUUAGUCAAACACCAAAACCCACUAGACACAUAAGGGAACAGCUGGCGAAGGAGACGGGGCUGCCGAUGCGGGUGAUACAGGUUUGGUUUCAGAACAAACGCUCCAAGGAGCGACGGCUGAAGCAGCUGACCAGCAUGGGCCGCGGUCCAUUCUUCGGCGGCGCCCGGAAGAUGCGCGGCUUCCCGAUGAACCUGUCCCCGGGCGGGCUGGACGAGCCCGGCUUCCCGUACUUUGCCGCGGACGGUAAGUUCGACUUCGGGUACGGUGGGCCCCCGUUCCAUCCGCACGACGCGCCAUUCUUCGGUGGACACCCGGGCGCAGGCCCGAUGCCGUUCGGCGGUCCCGGAGGACCCAUGGAUCACCCGAUCCCAAUGGUAGGCGACUUCGGCAUGGCCGGUCCGGACGGUGGCCCCGGUGGAAUGCUCGGCGGACCCGGUGGUCCCGGUGGGCCGGGCGGUGGCCCCGGCGGGUUUAUGGGCGGACCGGGCGGACCGGGUGGACCCCAGCAAGGACACGGACCGGACGGGAUGAUGGGCGGAGGUGUUGGUGGUGGUGGCGGUGGUGGUGGUGGUGGAGGUGGCGGCGGUGGCGGCGGUCCACAUGCACCCUCCCGGCCCGGCGGCGGCGGCGGUGGCAGUCCAGUGGAGUUCCUGACGUCCGGCAACUUCUCCGAGUCGCAGAACAUGCAGAGCGAGGGCCUGGUGUGGUAAGUGCGGUUGGGGAAUAGGAGCGCUCACCAGCAGCAUUCCCGUUCCUCCCAAGCACAGCAGGUCCUGCUAGCGGCAGCAUCUUAUCACGGUUGUUAUCUUGCGGAUCGGGAGCAGGAAGAGUUUUAAUUUAUUUUGUAGCGACCCAAACGGACACCCAAGGGCAGAGUGUCGUCGUGCGAGACGUGACGAGGGACUGUAAAGGGGAAAGUAAAGUUCUGCAGGGGGUUUCUUCCGCUUCUUCCUUUGGCGUUGCAAUGUGUGGUUUGUAUUUUGCACUCCCAGACACGCCGAAAGCGUGUGCCGUGACCUUUUGGCGCGCGUUUGUUUACACCAACCGGCACGCACUGUCUUGGGACUUGGGCGAAUGGUCGCCAGAGCUCGUUGACAAACGCCCGGUUAGGCGUGCAUAAUGAGAGGCUCCGAGGCGUGCAUUUCACUUGUUGCGCUUGGUUGUGCAUUUGGACAACCAUUGGCCAGGCGCCACAGUUUCAAUUUCGGUGACUCACAUACACACGGUGUAAUGUUUAAUUUCGUUCGCUGACGCAUGUAUGGCGCCAGCAGUGAGCUGGGUUCGCUUCGAGCUGUUUGCUUAUUACAAAAUGUCAAACCGACCCGAAGCACUCGUAAAUCAAAUUGGUCCAAAGUCCAGGUCUGGUGGAGGGCAAAUUACUGAAAGAUGACGUAACCACCACCAAGUCGUUGCAAUGCCAUGGGAAGAUGAGGGAAUGAAUGCCACAGGGACACGAGCAGGGCAGUCGUGGUGUGUGGGUAUGCAGGCAAUGUCUGGAAGCAAUUUUGACAAUAGUAAAUCACAGGGGGGGGGGGGGGAGGAAGGAUCCACCAUCCACCAUCCCCGCUUCAGGAACUAUCAACCGAUCAGUAUUAAAAGCGCAAGGCAGCAGCAAUCACAAUAAUCAACACAGACACACAGAAUUCCAGCAUUAUAUGACGACACACAGCAACACAAUCUAGGCAGGCUCUAGAGCCAAAAAGGGUCAGGCUGUUCCCCUCCACCCGAUCAUAUCCUGGUGGCAGUUGACAGGGACUCGUACACGGCUCGUAAGAUAUUUAUCUGUUUGUAAGAACUGUUCCAACCGGCAAACAGCGGGGAUCGAGAAGCAAUUGUUGUUUUGUAGUGUUAAAUAGUGUUUUGUUUUCGUGAGUAAGGUACGGUAAAUUAAAUUAUUUGCUGGACGGUGCUGUGGAUGGUCAGCAUUUUUCGUUUUGUUUUAUAAUUACAACGUUCCAAUCCCCUCUACCCUAACCAUUUUGGCAUUUUGGCGCUUUGGUUUUGGAGGAGGGGCAGAGGCCACACAUUUAUGCUUUCCAAGCCCUUCAUCAUUAGCGCCCGUGUGUAUGUAUAUUACCUAAUUCCUAGUUAAUCGAUUAUGAAUUAUGAAGAAUUAUGUUUAGAAGAGGGGCGGGGUGGCUGGUAGUGCACGCGCCCCCAGUGGGUUCGGAUUAGUAUGAAUGUUAGCUGCACAGAAGUUUAGUAGAAUGGGUUCAGCAAAAAUGGCAAAUGUAGAUGGGAGAUUAAUGUAAAAAAAAAACAAUGAACAAGAUAUAGUUCGAGCGGUGGCUGUAAGCUUUGCUUCUCGAGGCUUCGUCCUUACAUUCGAGCCGAGGAUUCCGGCGAUCUGGCGAAGGUGAAUGUUAUAAGUUUUAGGCAUAACCCACCAAUCCGAGUGCGAGUGGUAAAACUGUCGCGAAAAAUCAGGUGCAACCCCCUUCGGUAUCGGUGUUCGUCGUACGGACCGAUCCGGAGAAGUGAGUGAGUGUGUAAAUAGCGUGAGCGAGGGCAAGAAGAAGCGCUGGCAUGUAAAUAGAAACUCGAGCCCCAAAAAAACAGGAAAGCUUCAAGAAGCCCGAUAAAUGAAGCUCAAAUUGAAUGGGAAUUGCAGUGAAACAGCAAAACAAAAACAUGGUUAAAAUAGUAAAAAAAAAACAGAGAAGCAUAUUCCCGGAGCGGUAACACACCAUCAAAAACCCUCCGAGCGUCUUCUCGAAUUGUGCUUAGUGAGUUGUAAAAUUAACAAUUUUAGCGAACAAGUAAAGUGGUUCGAGAGAGUGAAAGUAAGUAAACAAAUAUGGGCAUCUUGAAAAUAAACACAUACACAGACACAAAAACAAACGCAUAAAACGCGUAAAUAACAUUAAAAAACAACAAAGAAACAAAAUCAUAUUCCCGCCGCAGGCAGGUCGUGGUGAGGUGGCGGUAGUGUUGUAGAGAGUCUAACUUAGAGAGAGAGAGAAAAACGAGAAGUAAGGCAAGUUGUUUUUGAAUGAUAAAAAGUAAAAAGAUGAAAAACAAAAAUGAAUGAACAUAAGAUGAACAAAAAAAUACACAUCAACAACAGGAAAGUAAGAAAUCGCAUCAGGAGAUGAGAUGAAGCGUCAACAACAACAACAACCCAAUUGUGUUAUUAUUUGUUUAAGGACAAGCAGAGUAAAGUUAGGAAGAAAUCAAACAAAACACACACAUACACAGCGCAGUACAGUAGAAAAGUAAAGCAACAAUGAAAAAAAAAAAAAAA